AUGUUUCAUUUACCACCAUCGGAAAUUCUAAGUGCGAGGGAUUAUAUCGAUAUUAUGGACGAUAUAAGUAACCUCGGGAUAGUCAAUCACUUGGAUAAUUUUGAAAGAAAAAAUACUCCAACAAUUGUCGUAUUCGGUGAUCAAUCAUGCGGUAAAAGUUCCCUCAUGCAAAGGUUUACCGGUGGCUUACCAGUCCCAAUUGGAACUUCGUUGUGCACAAGAGCGCCUUUCGAAAUACACAUGAUACAAUCCGGGGAACCAAUACGUAAAAUCACUUUACGUUACAUAGAGGACAAAAAUCAUAGACCGAUGACAUCGAGAGAGGUGGAAUUUGCCGAUCUAACCAAUUCGUAUAAAUCGGAAUUCGAAAAAAAAUUACGUGAUGCUCAACGUUAUGUACUAAACCCAAGUAUUAAAGAUAUCAAGUCGCGAUUGCCUGAACCAAAUAAUGAUGAGUUAUCUUUUACAAAAAAUGCCGUAUGUCUUACAAUUGGUGGACCCGCGCAAAAUUAUAAUUUUUCCUUGGUUGAUUUACCAGGUUUCGUGCGAAACGUUGAAUUGAACGAAAGUUUUAUAAUGUCCUUGGUGGAGGAAUAUAUUAAAAGAGACUCGGCAAUUCUAGUACCAAUAUUUCAAGCAACCGCCGAUAUUAGUACGCAAUGCGCGUUGCGACUUGCAUGUGAUGCAGAUCCGGAUGGUUUGCGUACCGUAUGUGCCUUGACAAAAAUUGAUCGUAUCAUGGAUUACCCAAAUGAUGACGAUAAGCAUUUGGAACUCGCUGAACUAGUAAAAAGUAAAGGAGAAUAUCAGUGUACAAAUGGUGUUUAUAUUAUAAGAAAUCGAUCUAGCAUAGAACCAGAAGAUUCGGAUGAUGCAUUGGAAAACGAGACGAUUAAGGAGCUCAAAAAACACAAAGCUUGGAAAGAUGUACCAAUCAAUAUGUUUGGUUUACAAAAUUUGGUCAUGAAAUUAAUGGAAUUACAAGAACAGUGUCAUAAACGAUCUUGGCCAAGGAUACAACCCCAUUUGGAAGAUUGUAGAGAUGAUUUUGAAAAAAGGUUAAAUAACCUUCCGCAUAGAUCUAAUGAAAACCCAAUCAUACGUUUCUCGGAAUUAAUUGGAAUCUUUGAUAAAUCGUUCACUUCUCACGCAAAUGCCGAAAAUGUAGACCAUAAAUUAUAUCGUGGACAACAAUCGAACUUUGGUCAAUUUGAUCAAACAUUAUUAAAAACUCGUCCUAUAUAUAUACUCUCGUUUGACGGAGGAGAAACGAAUGCCGAAAUUUUUGAUCCCAUUAAGCCUGGUGCAUUACAAUGGAGGAAAGAAUUUUCAGCUGAAGAUUGGAAAGAAUUCGACUUUGACGAAUAUGCAAGCGAUUCAAAAUAUUUGUGGACAAUGGAUCAACUUUAUGAAGUUGUGCAAGACCAACAAGGUGGACAAUUGGUUGGUUAUUUUCCAUAUAAAGCCGUAGUUUCUAUUCGUGAAGACAGAAAUAAUGAGUCAACUAAACAAGUACUGGAAGAUAUAGAAAAACUGGAUCUUGCAACAGAAGCGCAGCAAUCAAAUGCUUCUAUGUCUGUGAUGUUUAUUCUAAGGAAUACCAUCAAGGAACAUGCUUUUCUUGCUGCUACGGGAGCUUUAGCGUAUUGGAAAAUGUCACAUUCAAAAUUUCGAGAGAUCGUACCACGUAUAGUAGAAUAUUAUCUCGUACAUCAAUUCGCUAUCCG